CUUCCUGAAUGAAAGUUAAAGUAUUUCUGAUCGAGAGCAGAGCUGCCGUCGCGACAAUCCUCUCUAUUUCUCCCUAAAGGAACAUUAAACUAAUCUUGAACACCACAGCAGGAUCUCUGCCAAACCCCGCGGAGGAUAUUUACUGCGUUUCAACAACCAGUAUUUGCUCUCAACUUCAGACAGGAAGUUCCUCUCUUUAACUGAGAGUGUAGAUAUGUCUGCUGCCAGCUGUCUGCUGACUGAAGAUCAGUUUCUGUGCUCCAUCUGUCUGGAUGUGUUCACUGAUCCAGUCACCAUACCAUGUGGACACAACUUCUGUAAAGGCUGCAUCUCUGAACACUGGGAUGUUGAUGUCCAGUGUCAGUGUCCUAUCUGUAAAGAGGAUUUCGACAGAAGACCUGAACUACGCGUAAACACGUUCAUCUCUGAGAUGGCUGCUCAGUUCAGACAGUCAGCUCAACAGAAAGCCAGCAGCAGCAGCUCAGAGCAACAAGUUGUCAAACCAGGAGAAGUUCCCUGUGACGCCUGCACUGGAACCAGACUGAAGGCCCUGAAGUCCUGCCUGGUGUGUCUGGAGUCCUACUGUGAGACUCACCUGGAGCCUCACCUGACAAGGGCAGGCCUGAAGAAACAUCAGCUGAUCGACCCUGAGGAGAACCUGGAAGGCAGGAUGUGUGUGAAGCACGAUAAACAGCUGGAGCUGUUCUGUAAGACUGACCAGGUGUGUGUCUGCAUGCUCUGCACUGUUUUAGACCACAAGACACAUGAUGUUGUUCCUCUGAAAGAAGGAUAUGAAGGAAAGAAGGCUGAGCUGGGGAAGACAGAGGCUGAAAUUCAGCUGAUGAUCCAGAAGAGACGACUGAAGAUUCAGGAGAUGAAUCGCUCAGUGGAGCUCAGUAAGGAAGGAGCAGACAGAGAGAUAGCAGAUGGUGUUCAGGUCUUCACCUCUCUGAAGGAGUCUGCUGAGAGAAGCCAGGCCAAGCUCAUCAACACGAUCAAAGAGAAGCAGAGAGAGACAGAGGAACAGGCUGAAGGCUUCAUCAAAGAGCUGGAACAGGAAAUCUCUGAGCUGAGGAAGAGAAGCUCUGAGGUGGAGCAGCUCUCACGCUCUGAAGACCAGCUCCACCUCCUCCAAAGCUUCACGUCCCUGAAAGCUGCUCCACCCACCAAGAACUGGACAGAAGUCAGGGUCCGUCCACCUUCAUAUGAGGGGACUGUGAGGAGAGCUGUGACUCAGCUGGAGGAGACGCUCAGUAAACAGAUGAAGAAGCGGCUUGAGGUCAAGCUGAAGAGGGUCCAGCGGUAUGAGGUGGAGGUGACUCUUGAUCCUGAUACAGCACAUCCUGCACUCAUCCUGUCUGAUGAUGGAAAACAAGUUUAAAAAUGGUGACGUGAAGAAAAUCUCCCAGGCAACCCAGAGAGAUUUGAUGCUAGUUACUCUGUGUUAGCAAAGCAGAGUUUCUCUUCACGAAGAUGUUAUUACGAGGUUCAGGUUCAAAGUGUGUCUGUCUGGACUUUAGGAGUGGCCAGAGAGUCGAUCAACAGGAAGGGAAAGAUCACAAAGACCCCUGAGAAUGGUUUCUGGACCAUAGGUUUGAGGGAUGUCAACAAGUUCUACGCUUGCGCUGACCCUGAUAUCCUUCUCUCUCUGAAGUCUCAGCCUGAGAAGGUGGGGGGUGUUUGUGGAUUAUGAGGAGGGUCUGGUCUCCUUUUAUGAUGUUGAUGCUGCAGCUCUGAUCUACUCCUUCACUGGCUGCUGCUUCAAAGAGAAACUCUACCCAUACUUCACUACUCGGGACAAUGUCUUUUUGGGGUUCAAUUGCAAAAGGGAUAGUAAUAACCCUCUGAUCAUCACUCCUGUCGAUCACACAGAGUAAAAAAAUGUGGAUUUUCCACAGAGGGAUUCGUUAUGAUUUAAUAUAAUAUAUAUAUAUAUAUAUAUAUAUAUAUAUAUAUAUAUAUAUAUAUAUAUAUAUAUAUAUACUGGUGAUGUACAGGGUUUUCAUUGAUCUAUCAGAUGCUUAUUUUCUUUCUGUUAACAUAUCUAUGAUGUUUAACAUAUGUCAUACUACUUAUAACCAAGGUCAGCUCACUGAUCUAUAUUAUUCAAUACAGUCUCAUUAAUCUAAUGAUUGAUUACCUUCCUUAAGACUGUUAGAUCAUCAGAAAACAAUAUGUUCUUAGAAAUUAGAAGCAUAAAAAGUUCCCUAAAUGUCCAUGGUGCCGAGGGCAAAGCCUUCACCUGUCUGAUCCUUGAAUACAUCACAAGAGUUGAUCAGCGGCACUCAAUACUGAAAGAAACAGUCAUGCACAGAGCUUUGGGGCAUUAAUUUCCGGUGCACAUUGUUCAGAAGAUGAAAUACUGGUAAUAUUACACCAUAUCACUUAUGGUGUAAGGAACCAUAUAAUAACAGAGUUAUUCUUUAAAACUCUAUUUUCUUGGAAUUGAAAGAAUAUAAUUGACAUUUUAAAAGUCAAGGCCAUUUAGAAAGGAUGUAUUUUUUUAUGAAUGACUUUUUACUAGCAUGAACAUGUCUGUUAUUAAUCAUUAAUUAAUUUAAUAUUUAAAGGGGACCUAUCAUGCAAAAUGCACUUGUGUACGUCUUUUCUACAUGAAUAUGUG